AUGAGCCGGGCGGACAUGGUUCACUACUUGGACGUGAGAGGUUGGUGGGACGCGGGCGAGUGCGAGUGGUGCUUCGACCGCGCAGUGGCCUACCGGGCUGAGCAUGCUCUUGGCAUACUUGGCCCCAGGUCUAAUUUCGUGCACCUGCACUUGGUUCUGCCUCCCUCCAUACCUGCUGUACCCCCGAAUCGACCAGACAAGGCUAUUGUUGAGUACUCCGGGAGCGUAGCACUGCAGCGGCUAGGGGGGGGAGAAGGGAGUCCCGCCUCAUCCAGCCUGCCCGCGAUCCUGGGUUCCGCGUGUGCUGCUGGAAACCCCGCUGCUCCAUCUGUCCCUGCUGGUUCUCCUGCUACCUGCGAUGCUUCUCCAGCGUGGUCCUUCUGCUGGCGCUGCAGCAGCUGCUGGGCUGCCUACCGCCGUGCUGUCAGCUUCGCUACCUUCCUCGUGCUAGUGGCAAGAUCACCCCGUGUUGCAACUCUAUGGAAGGCCCGCAUAGACACAGCCUCUGCAACAUUGGCGGCUCUUGUGUCUGAGCUUGGGGUGUGCAGGCAGGAGGAGCAGGACUGCUUUGCUUCAACGCUGGUGCAGGUGCUGGGGGUGAAGGAGAGUGCUGAUCUGCAGGAAGGGUUCGGCUUUUUCAUGCAGCAUCUUCUGCGUGACAGCGUGGAGAAGGUGCAGGCAGAGGGGAAGCGGGAGAAAGGGAAGAGAGCUUUCGCUUUGGGCAAUGCGGGGCCAAUUGCAACGGUUGCGAUGAAGCUGAUGGGAGGUGGCAGGGGAGUAGAGAGCAUUGGAGGAGGCCGUACGGUGGGCCUGGGGGGAAUUCUGCCGGCCCCAGGGGUUAGGGAGGAUGGAGGAGACGGGAACGGCGGCAGUCAGGGGAGGGAUGGAGGUGCGGGCAAUGGGGCCAGAACUUUCAGGGAUGUUGGAUGGAGAGAGCAUCUGAAGGGGCGUGAGUGGGAGAGGUAUGUGGAUGGCAUGGCUUGGAUUUUGGAGCAUGGAGGGGGGGAAGGGAGGGGGCUCAGUGUUCUCCAAGCCAGAGUUCCGUGA